AUGUCGUUUGGCACCGGCGCCAAAACGGGAUUCUCCGUGCGGGACAUCCUGGACCUCCCCGACCCGGCGUGCGGGAGAUGCGGGUCCGGGACCGAGGGAGCAGAGGAGGAGGACCCGGAGGAGGCCUCUGCGGAGGCUCCGGGCCCGCAGGGAGCCCAGAAACUGGGAUUUAGCGGCCGGAGUUUGUGCGAGCGCGGCGGCGGAAGUCUGACCCGGUGGAGCCGCGGACCCGGGAGUCUGCACUUUUCACUACACGAUCUCUCCUUCCAGGCCCGAAUGGAUCCCAAAUCCCCGGAGCUGUCCACGGAUGAGUCCCCGGACGCAGAGCGGGGCGCGUCGUGCGGCGGCGGCGGAGACGCGGGGCAGAGGAGCGGCGGCGGCGGCAGGAAGCGGCGCGUGCUCUUCUCCAAGGCGCAGACCUUCGAGCUGGAGCGCCGCUUCCGGCAGCAGCGCUACCUGUCCGCCCCGGAGCGCGAGCACCUGGCCGGGCUGAUCCGCCUCACCCCCAACCAGGUGAAGAUCUGGUUCCAGAACCACCGCUACAAGAUGAAGCGCGCGCGGGCGGAGCGCAGCCUGGAGGCGCUGCAGCUGCUGCCGGCGGCGCGGCGCGUGGCCAUCCCGGCGGUGCUCGUGCGGGACGGGAAGCCGUGCGACCUGGAGGCCACGCUGCGCUCCGGCCUCGGCCUGCCGCUGUGCGCGUACUCCCCGCUGCUGCACCCGGCCUACGGGCACGAGCAGCGCGGCCUGCAGCCGCAGCAGCACCCCGGGGCGCAGCCGCUGGCGCACGUGUACCACUGGAGCUGGUGA